UCUGUUCUUAGUGACUUUGGUCCUUUCAUGACGAAUAAUAAAAUUAAAUAAAACCAUGUAGAUCGAUGAUUAUUGUUCUUUAUUGACAUAAGUGUCCUUAUUGACCUUCUUCGUUUCUAGAAAGCUAAGAUCAUAUAUGUCUAUACUGAUCAUGCAUUAUUCAUACACGAGCUGCAUGCAGUACGGUGGCGUCAAGAGUAUAUUUGGUAAGUGUUUGCAUGCACAACUAAGAUUUCCUUUUUCUAAUCCCUAAUCAAUAUUAAUAAAAAAAACAAAUUCAUUUUCAGUAUCUUCUAGAAAAUAAAACACAACAAACAUUGAGUAUUCAUAGAAAUGUGGUGGUCGUGGUUUCUAAAUAAAUGUCUGUUGAUAUUUCAAUAUUUGUUAAUUUAAUAUAAAGGUAUUCGUUUUAAUUAUGAUGGAAAAUAUUCAAUUAAAUAUAAAACAAAUCGUAAAACAUUAUUUAAUAUAUUAAAACAAAAGAAGAAAUACAAAAUUUUUACUUUAUCAACGUCAAAAAGUUAAUUUUAAUAAAGAUGAAAAUAUAAAAAGUGCUGAGGAUUUUAAGUACGAAAUUUUAUUUAAACAAGUAUUUAUCUUUCAUUUAAAAUUUUGUUUUAGAAAAUUAUUUCCCAAAUAUACAACAUAUUCUGAUUAUAGAUCUUAUGUUAUGGAAAUUAUGAAUGAUGGUCAUGCAACAAAUAUUAUGAGUGUUGGUUAUCCCAUUGCAGUAACAAAUACAAGUGGAACCAGUGGAGAUCCAAAACAUUUUCCUGUGGAAUUUCUAUUUAUUCAUCGUAUUUUAUAUUCAAGCAUUUCUCGUAUUAAACGAUGA